AACCUCGCAUUCUGCCUAGGGCAAGUUCCUUGGCUACUUCAGGCGAUUUUCCCUCAUCCAAAUGUCGAAGGUACCACUUUACAGCGGCCCCACUCACCCUGCGGGGAUCGCCAGGACCACCUGGGCAGCCUGCCUCAGGUAGCGGAGGGUAAUUACGCCUCCUAUGCCUCCGUCUCUUGUGGGUCUCUGUGUUGGGUUGUUUCUUUGCCGGCUCCUUCUGCUAUCUUCGGCGAUAGAGGGUACAUUUGUGGGGUUCGUACUCGCUCGAACCUCCUUUGGGCUUUUUCCCGCCUGGGAUGCCAGGAGUAGUGGCUUGCCUACUCUGCCGCUGCUCGUUGAGGGUACAUCGUCGUCUCUCGCAUACUCCUCGAACAGCGAACGCUCCUCUGCCGUUAGGGCAUCAAGGAAGCAUUGUCAUUACCCAGAGCUAGGAGUACCCUUGCCACUGUCUGGUUUUGUUUGUUGUUGUUUUGUUUAGCCAUUAUGUUUCUUACGACCAAUUGACUAGCAUAAAGUUAGCCUCCUGGUCAACGUUGACUGUGGGGAAGGCGUAGGUCCGCCACGCCAUAGCUCCAGCCACGCCACAGUUACUUCCCAAUGCGGCCUGGUGUUGGAAAGGCUCCGUUCGAAUACAGCCUGUUUUAUCUACUGGCUGCAAACCAUCCAAUGGGCACGGGAGUCACAUAACACCCUGGAUUAGGAGGUGGCAGAUCUUGGUCAUCGCACUCCCACAGCUACCACCCGACCAGACACAAAGACCCGACCGCGACAAGGUGCCUGCCAUUAGCAGGAGAAAACUACGAUUAUCGAUGUAUGGAUAAAUCUGACAAGUUAUCGACUUCGAUAGUCUAUUCUAGGUUGUUCUAGUAUCACUUAUCGUAACAAUAAUUUUUCGAACAUGUUAUCGAAUUCAUAUCUGUAGCACCACUAAAACAAUUGUUUACUGUUUUCGUAUAUCAAGUGUAUUUUAGCAACAAAUAGAAAUCCUGUGAAAUAUUGAGUACCACGCUCAUUAAUAAUGGAAAAUGAAAUGGAGAAACAUAAAAUCGAAUGUGCUGAUUUAAAGAUAUGUGGAGAAAUUACUACUCAGCUAUCAGUUGGCAUAAAAGAAUUUUUCCUAAAUUGUAGCUUCUGCGACUACACUUUUCUUCAAUUAGGAGAUUUCAUUCAACACAUAUGUGAGGAUCAUAUGUAUCAGUUCACAAAUCCCAAAUUAGAGGAAGAAGUUGAUUAUUCCUCAGAACUGAAUGAAGAUAUGGAUGAUGGUGAUGCAAAGAUCCUGACGGAAGUUUCAAAUGAGGAUAGUGAUGACAGUGAAUCGAAUUUUCGCGAAUUUGAAAAGGUUGAUAUAGAGUUGGACGACGAGCAAAUAGAAAAUUCGAUGGAUGUAAUGGAUGAAUGCGUGAGCGAAGAUAGUGAAGAUAGCAUUAAUGAAAAUGAGCCAGCAAAAAGUGAUGAUGAUGAUGGUGAUGAUGCCGAUAACACUGAGAUUGCUGCUUAUAGACAGAAACUUGGCUUAAGCGAAAUGUUUAAUAAAAAAAUGAUAGUCGCAAUAUUUAAAGGCUAUGAAAAUCGACCUGCUUUGUGGGAUUAUGAUACACAAUUAACCAGAGAUAAUAAGAAAAGGGAGAUGGAAAUUAAAAAUAUUUCUGAGGAAGUGGGUAUUCCGAAUGAAUGGGAGUCAAUUCGUAAAAUAAUUGGAAAAUUAAGCAGCCGACUUCGGACCGAAUUGUUACGAAAAAAGAUUUUUCUCUCAAAAGGCAAAACAUAUACACCUGCUUGGUAUAACGAUUUAACUACUUUCUUAGAACCGAAUCGAACUGCUCAGGCCAACGACAGUAAAUUGAGCGAAUUUCAAAAAGUUGAUAUAGAGUUAGACGACAAGCAAAUGGAAGAUUCGAUGGAUCUUAAGGUCUUGAAUCUAAUGGAUGAAUACGCGAUGGAUGAUAGGGAAGAUAGCAUUAAUGAAAAUGAACCAACAAAAAAUUAUUAUUAUGAUGAUGAUGAUGAUGCAGAUAACACUGAGAUUGCUGCUUAUAGACAGAAACUUGGCUUAAGCGAAAGAUUUAAUAAAAAAUUAAUAGUAGCAAUAUUUAAAGGCUAUGAAAAUCGCCCUGCCCUGUGGGAUAACGAUACACAAUUAACCAGAGAUAAUAAGAAAAGGGAAAUGGAAAUUAAAAAUAUUGCUGAGGAAGUGGGUAUUCCGAAUGAAUGGGAGUCAAUCCGUAAAAUAAUUGGAAAAUUAAGCAGCCGGCUUCGGACCGAAUUGUUACGAAAAAAGAUUUUUCUCUCAAAAGGCAAAACAUAUACACCAGAUUGGUAUAACGAUUUAACUACUUUCUUACAACCGAAUAGAUCUGCUCAGGUCAAAUGUAAAACCGAGAUUAAAACACCUGCUCUUUAUACAACACCAACAGCUAAAAAACUAGCAAUACCUGAAAGCCUCUUAAAUGAUGACCAAAGCAUUUUGUUAGCGGAAAUAUACAAAGAGUAUACCGGUCUUUGGGAUGAAACCGAUAUUAAAUAUUUUUUCAAUAACAGACGACAAGAAGCUUUAAAGGCUGUUCUCGAAAAAUUUAAUAACAAAUCAGGGUUAAGUCUAACAGAAUACGGUAUUGGAUGUGAAAUAACGCGACUUCGAAAAAUAUGCUCACACGAAAAGAGACAAAAAACUUUAUGCAAACAGCAAAAUAAGAACUAUAAACCAAGUCUCAAAUUUUAUGAACAUAUUUCUUACCUCGAAGUAGAUGUUCUUCCUUUUGAAUGUUCUAUAUGUGAAAAAAUAAUAACUGGCAGAUCUCAAUACAAAAUACAUGUGGCAUCCCAUGACGGUUCGCUACCAUUUAAGUGCAAUGUCUGUGGUCAUGGUUUUAAAUUGUCUAGUAAUUUUGCGGUACAUUUACGGAGACAUGCAAACGACUACUUAUAUAAAUGUGAGAUAUGCAGCAAGCUGUGCGCAACGUCCACAGAUAUAAAAAUUCAUAUGCGUUCACACACCGGCGAGAAGCCAUACGUUUGCGAAAUUUGCGGUAAAAGCUUUAGUACUUCAUCAAUGAUUAAUACGCAUAAGCGACAGCAUGAGAAUAGACCAACCCACAGGUGUGAAAUAUGCAAUAAGGGUUUCUUCCAAAAAUCUUAUUAUAGAGAACACAUGGCAGUGCACCGAAAUGUGCGUGAUAAAAUCUGCGACAUAUGCAAUAAAGGUUUUAAAAAUGCCAAGCGUCUACGAGUACACAAACAGAUCCAUGCUGCAGAAAAGAAGUUUGCGUGCAAGAUUUGUGAUAAACGCUUUGCUCAAAGUGCUGGGCUGUGUGCUCAUAUGAAAUCACAUGGUAUAAUACGAUUUGCAGCAAGUUCGAUAGACGUUGAAGAUGUGCUUUGUGGCCACACUUCGCGUAAUAAUUUUUCGAACAUGAUAUCGAGUAUUGUCUGUAUUCAUGUCAGUAUCAUCACUAAAAGAAUUGUUGUUUAUUGCCGUCGUAUAUCAAAUAUUCUUAAACAAACAUAUAAAGCCUGUGAAAUAUCUUUAAUAAUGGAAAUGGAGAAACAUAAAAUUGAAUGUGCUGAUUUAAAGAGAUGUGGAGAGAUUACUACCCGGCUAUCAGUUGGCAAAAAAGAAUUUUUCCUAAAUUGUAUUUUUUGCGACUACACUUUUCUUCAAUUAGGAGAUUUCAUUCAACACAUAUGUGAGGAUCAUAUGUAUCAGUUCACAAAUCCCAAAUUAGAAGAAGAAGUUGAUUAUUCCUUAGAAUUGAAUGACGAUAUGGAUGAUGGUGAUGCAGAGAUCUUAACUACAGCUUCGAAUGAGGACAGCGAGGACAGUAAAGCGAAUUUACGCGACUUUGAAAAAGUUGAAAUAAAGUUGGACAACAACCGAAUUGAAGAUUCGAUAGAUUUUAAAGAAUUAAAUCUAAUGGAAGGAUACGUAAGCGAAGACGGUGAAGAUAGCCUUAGUGAAAAUGAUACAGAAAAAAAUGAUGAUGAUGGUGAUGAAGAAGGGAACUCUGAAAUUGCCUCUUAUAUACAGAAACUUGGCUUAAACGAGUUUUUUCAUAAAAAUAUAAUACUCGCAAUAUUUAAAGGCUAUGAAAAUCGACCUAUAUUGUGGGAUAACGAUAUUCAAAUAACCAAAGAUAACAGGAAAAGAGAGAAGGAAAUUAAAAAUAUUGCUGAGGAAGUAGGUAUUCCAAAUGAAUGGGAGUCAAUUCGUAAAAUGUUUGGGAAAUUAAGCAGCAGACUUCGGACUGAAUUGGUGCGGAAAAAGAUUUAUCUUUCUAAAGGCAAAAUAUAUACACCUGCUUGGUAUAACGAUUUAACUGCUUUUUUAAAGCCGAAGCGACAAAGCGCUCAGGUAAGGCCAAAACCAAUAUUGAGAAAAUUUACAAAUCCAGAAAGCAUUUUAGACGACAGACAAUCAAUAAUACUAGCUAGAAUUUAUAACAGUCUGCCCACUCUUUGGGAUGAAACAGAAAUAACAUAUAGAUUCAGUAAUCGAAGAAGAGAUGCUUUACAAAAGCUACUAGAAGAUUUUAAUGAAGAAACUGGCUUAACCAUCACAAAAUAUGAUUUGGAGUGCGAAAUUUCAAGACUUCGAAAGCUAUGUUCUAAUGAAAAGAGACUAAAAUUGGCGUGUAAACGUCAAAAUAAGAUUUAUAAGCCCUCGUGCUCAUUUUACAAACAUAUCAAAUUCCUAGAGACUGAUGUCUCACCUUUCGAAUGCUCUAUAUGUGAAAAAGUAUUAAGCGGCACACAACAAUACAAAGUGCAUUUAGCUUCACAUGAUGGUUCGUUGCCAUUUAAAUGUCAUAUCUGUGGGCAUGGUUUUAAAUUGGUGACUAAUUUAACAGUACAUUUACGUAGACAUGCCCAGGACUACUUGUAUAAGUGUGAAGUGUGCGACAAGCCCUGUGCAACAACAACCGAAUUGAGAACUCACAUGCGAUGUCAUACUGGCGAAAAACCGUAUGUUUGUGAAAUUUGUGGCAAAAAAUAUCGGUCGUUAGCCGAAUUAAGGCCACAUAAAUUACGUCACGAUAAAAAGCCACUGUACAAAUGUGAAAUUUGUAAUAAAACAUUCUACAUGAGAUCACUGAUGACAGAACACAUGUAUGUGCAUUCCGAAGUCCGAGACAAAGUAUGCAACAUAUGUGAAAAAGGAUUUACGAGUAAUAAACAUUUACGACAACACAUGCUAAUCCACUCAUCCGAAAAGAAAUAUGCGUGUAAAAUUUGUGGUAAACGCUUUGCUCAAUAUGCUGGACUUAGUGGACAUGUGAAAUCACAUGGGACAACAUUAAUUGAGAUCAGUUCUAAAAGUGUGAGUUUAGAACAAGAAGAGCAGGAAUAA